CCGCGUGUCUCCGCAUGGUGCAGAAAUAUGCGGAACAGCAAGUUUGAACAGCCCCAGCCGCUGACUUCCUAGUGCCUGUCCUCCCAAAUCAUACCCUGGUGAAAAAGAAAUCGGGAGGCAGAUCAAACGCUCUGCGCUGCAAAUAUCCGUCAUUUGGCAAAGUGAAGGAGAUGACCGUGAACGAGAGGGCAGCCCGGGCUCUGAAGGAGAUUCUGCAGAAGCCGGGUAACGACGCCUGCGCAGACUGUGGGGCUGCCGAUCCGGAAUGGGCCUCCUGCUCCCUGGGAGUUUUCAUCUGUCUUGGAUGUUCCGGGAUUCACCGCAACCUUCCCGAGAUAGGCAAGGUCAAGUCCGUCACACUGUCCCGCUGGGAGGACUCUGAAGUGCAGUUUAUGGCUGAACGUGGCAAUAAAGCAAUGAAGGCCCAGUACGAGGUGGUGGUUCCUGUCUACUACUAUAAACCCACACACAAGGACUGCCAGGCGCUGAGAGAGCAGUGGAUCAGAGCCAAGUACGAGAGGAAGGAGUUCAGCACGGCAGGAGGGAAGCUUCCCUAUGAAGAGGGGAUGAGAGAAGGCAUGCUGAUGAAGAGAGGGCGCGACAACGGGCAAUUCUUCAGCCGGAGGUUCGUCCUCCUGGAGAGGGAGGGAACCCUGAAAUACUACGCCAAGCAGGACGCCAAGAUGCCCAAAGCAGUGAUCAAAGUGGACACCAUCAAUGCCACCUUCCAGCCUGAUAAGAUCAGCAACCCCAACGGCCUCCAGAUCACCUACCUGAAGGAGAACAUCACUCGCAAUAUCUUCCUCUACCACGAGAGCAGCAAGGAGAUUGUAGACUGGUUCAACUCCAUCCGGUAUGUUCAGUUCCAUUACCUGAAAGUGGCGUUCCCAGGAUCUUCUGACGCUGAGCUGAAGCCAAAACUGACGAGGAACUUUCUCAAGGAAGGAUACAUGGAGAAGACAGGCCCGAGGCAAACGGAGGGCUUCAAGAGACGCUGGUUCACGCUGGACUACCGGCGCCUGAUGUACUUCAAAGAUCCCUUGGAUGCGUUUGCCAAAGGCGAGGUGUACCUGGGCCACCGCGACCUGGGCUACAGAGUCUGCACUGGUCUCCCCACUGGCACCCACUGCAACGGCGCCUGGCAGCACGGCAUCACCAUCGUGACGCCGGACCGCAGCUUCCUGUUCACCUGCGAGUCCGAGUCCGAGCAGCAGGACUGGAUCUCCCACUUCAGCAGCGUCAUCGGCACCUCCAUGUCUCCCCAGGAGUAUUCCAUGGAGGCCCUCUUCAAGCACAAAUACUAACAGGGGCCGACGGCACCGCCAAUCAAGCAGCCAAUCGGCACGCAGCAGUGGGUUCCUCUGUUCUUCUUGGUACCACCCUCCCAGAAGCUGUAGCCUAACAACAACCGUCUUGCACCAGAGAGCUCCUGGGUAGCUGUGUGAACAUGCCCUUGUUAACACUCCGACAAGCGGAAAUCCCGAAAGACACUAGAGUUGCGUUCAACCAUGGCAGUUGUUCACAGAAGUUGUACAUGCAAGUUAUGUUCUGGUUUUCUUGCAUACAGUUGAUUCAAAAACACAAUGUUGCCAUAUUACAUGGAAUUAUAUAUAUUUUUCUGUAACCACCAUUGAAGCUGGUAGCUCUAAUCGAUCUUUGACGAUGUUUAAAUUCUCUUGCUUCCGGGUGAUCAAGCUCAAUGGACCUAUAAUUCUGGCUCCAGGCCUCUGUGGCAUAAGUGACAGUCUGCCUCUGAUAAAGGUGGCUGACCCACUAACCCAACUCACUCACGCCCCUGAGAAGCCAGAUCAGGUCCCUGUGUCACAUGGACUCAUCGUGAUGAAAGAUGCACAAGCGAUGGUCACCCACAGGCCAAGUUGGCACUCCUGCCCCAUUCUGAAAGUUGCAUCAGUUACAUUUCUGCCUUCAUCACCUAAGUAGAACGCUCUACAGCAGCUUUCUCUAGUCUGGUCCUUGCAGACUGGUACAUGUUUUUGCCCCCUCCUGGUUCCUGCUAGGACGGUCUGGCUGGAAACUGGAAGGAAGCAAAAAUGUGGGCUGUCUGGGGGUCACGGAGGACUGGGAAACAUUGCUUAAGAGACCCAGACUGAAUCGUGUUUCCACGUUAUUUUUGUCCCCAUGUUUAAUACUGUAGAUUUGUCACAACUUAUUAUUACUACCCAAAACCAUUUGUUCUUGUGAGUGACAGCCCAAUCGGCCAAUGGCACAAUUGAUCCUUAGACUCACUAACCUAUUGAGACACUACCUGUACAUCAUUUAAGGGUUUGGACAAGAUGGACAUGCCAAUAAAGAGUAUGGUCUUCUGUAAAUCAAUAA